UAACUGUCUUGUAAAUAAGUCUCGUGUAGUUUGCAUUCUGUUACAACAAUUGCAGUUUAGAUUUUAUUGUACUGCAUUUAUUGGAUUUUCUGAUAUUGACGUCCUUCUCUAUCUUACCGUCUGGACUGUAAAACAGCGAAUUGAAGUUGAAAUUGAAAGUUCUGCAGGGUUGACUAACUGGGCUUCGAUGCCUGGCCAAGUCUCCGUCGUUCUCCAGAGGCGCCGCGGUGUCAUUGUUGAUAGCCUCGUCAAAUUGCCAGUAUAGAGUUUGAUUCGAUUCGGGUGUGAUCGCAAAUCCUGGAAAUCCCUAACGAGCGAUUCGUCUUCCGUCAACAAGCACUUGGUUGAAUCAGUAAGAAACCCCAAUUAAGUGUCUUGUUGGGUUGUCUUAAUGGAUUCGACGAUUAUGGACAAUUAUAGAUUCAAAAGCUGCUCCCUUUUCUCCCUGUUCAAUGAACCGUUUGCUGAUACCGUAGAUGUUGUUUACCCAAAUUGUAAUUUUUAUGGUCCAGGCAGGGUUGUGGGUUGUUGUAAUGGGUAGAUUUGUAUGUUCAGUCGUUGUUCAGGAGUCAUGAUCUUAAACCCAGCUUUAUGAGAACUUAGAAUGCUGCCGAAUUGUUGCAGUGCAUUCGGCUUUGGUUAUGAUUCUUGCAACAAAGUUUACAGAGUGGUAACUAGCUCCCCUUAUAGUUAGAGAAGAAUGGUUAGGGUAAGGGUGUAUUCGUGGAGGACCAAUUCUUGGAGGAAUCAAGAUUGUGAAUUUGAUCCUCAGUCAAUUUGUUGGUGGUACUUUGAAUUAGCUGUUCAGGAGUAGAGAACAGAUUGUUUCACUUGAUUUAGCAAAUGAGACUGUUGAGGAGGUGUUGCAACCAGAUUAUGAUGAUGGUGUGAAACUAGAAAAGUUGGGGAUUUUGGAAGGUGCCUUUGUGUGCUUUGUGUUCUUUCUUUCUUUAUUUAUUUUUUUUUCUCUAAUGGAACAAACCUGUGUUAUUCUUUUCAGAGAAUGGUGAAAUCCUGUUAGAUUGGAACACCUAAAAUCUACUUUGAGAGCCUAGUUUCACCUAUAGCUGGCAAUUGGCACACAGAAUGACACCGGUUGCAUAACAGAAGGUAAAUAAGAGAGUCUUAUUUGAUUUCUUUUGCUAUUUUUUAAUACUUCUUCCUUUUGCUUUAAACUAUUUCUCCCAGUUUACUAGUUAUGCUUUCAUCUAUUUCAGAUCUUUUGAUAUUGUAAUGUCUUUCGGUUUUAAGGCCACACAUUAUUUUUAGUGAAGUUGACUAAUCCUUUGGUCUUUAUUCAUCUUCUUGGAUACACAUGCACAUCAGAGAAAUGGUUAGAGUUAUCUUAUAUUCUUAGGUAUUUUUGAGGGAAGUAAUACAUUUCCCCUUAAUUCCCAAACUUUCACUAGAAAUUCAGUGUCAUCCCUCAGCUUUUAUUUGCAAGAAUCAUGUGCAUAAAUGUUUUAAUUAAUA